GCCUGAGGAUCGCUUACAACUGGCUCGCUGCUUGCCUAGUGAACGCACACUCAAGCCACUCAAGACCGAAACAUGAGGUUGUUUGUUGUUCUCAGCUGCCUGGUGGCGGCCACCAUGGCCGCUGGCCUGCCCGAAGACACACUGGGCUUCGUGUACCGCGUGUGGGACGACUGCAACAACAAGGCCGACCUGGACCUGACCUCGUGCCUCAAGGUCAAGCUGGCCACCGCCGUCAGCCGCGCCGCCCGCAUGAACGACCUCACCGUGUUCGACGGAGUCACUUUCGUCCGCACCGCCCCCGUUGACGCCACCCCCGAGCCCUCUGAGGAGGCCGUCGAGUCCGCCCUGCCCCGCAGCGCUGACGCCCGCGACGACACCCUCAGCGCCCUGAUCCUCGAGCGCGCCACCCAGUUCUUCCAGACCCACUCGCUCUCCGUCAAGGUGCCCGAGUUCGCCGAGCGCAGCCUCUCCGCCGGAGAUGCCCGUGGCAAGAUCAAGAAGAUCGCUCCCCUGCUCCUUCUGCCCCUGCUGAAGGCUGGUCUGCUCAUCCCUCUGGCCGUGGUGGCCCUCUUCCUGCUCGCCGGCAAGGCCCUGAUCAUCAGCAAGCUGGCCCUCCUGCUGUCUGGUAUCAUCGGCCUGAAGAAGCUGUUCAGCGGACACGGACACGUCGAGACCGCUUACGUCAGCAGCGGCGCCAGCCACGGCUGGGGACGCUCCGAGGAGGCCCAGAACCUCGCCUACAGUGCGCACGCCAACUAAAUUGUACCGUCGCUUAAUUUAUUUUUUACACGAGAGAAAAAUUCCUAGCCGUUAAGACUACCCCUCCGAGCCCCCGUUGUUGAGACGACCGACGCUUUUGUUAUACCCACACUAGACCAAUCCCUCGUUCCCCCCAAACUUAAUUUAUUGAAUAAUUUAUUUUUAUAAGUCGACGCCUACUACACACAUCGUACACACACCACUCAAAUGCAAUAGUCCUUUUUUAUACAAACCAAUAAGAACCUUAAUUUAUUAUUUUUGUACAGAAUAAAACUCAGAGACAAAAGAUGAAGAAUGCCUGUGAAACUGA